AGUGUGCGCUUCGGGAAGGAGGGGCGUGUUUAUUAUCGCAGGAGCCGGACAGAGUCACUGGGAAAUAAAGCAGUCUUAGAAAAAUACUGCAUGAGCACAAGCAGUGAAUGUUUCAUCCUUUCAGGGCGAUGGACUCAGUGUUGCUGAUGACCACAGCAUCGUAAAGAGCUUUCUGCACUGUAGAGUCGGACCAUGAAUUACGUGGGACAGCUGGCCGGUCAGGUCUUUGUGCAGGUGAAGGAGCUAUACCGAGGCCUGAACCCAGCCACCCUGUCUGGCUGUAUAGAUGUCAUCGUGGUUCGUCAGCCUGAUGGCUCCCUACAGUGUUCACCCUUCCAUGUCCGCUUUGGCAAGAUGGGAGUGCUGCGCUCAAGGGAAAAGUUGGUUGAUAUAGAGAUUAAUGGGGAGCCAGUAAACCUACACAUGAAACUGGGGGAGAAUGGUGAAGCCUUUUUUGUCAAGGAGACUAAGAGUGAUAUGGAGAUGGUGCCAUCUCAUCUGGCCACAUCUCCAAUAAUAACUGAUGGCUCCGCAUUGAUGGAAUCCCAGAUGGGGAAAAGUGUGUCUCGUCUGAUUGAGCCUAUAACUGGGACUUCCAUCCAAUCUGUGGGCCCCUCAGGAGAGAAUGGCAUGAAGAAGAGGAGGAAGAGAAGAAAGAAAUCCAAAUUAGACAGUGUGAAGCGAGAGGACAAUGGAGACUCAGAGGAUGAGGACAUGUUCCCCAUUGAUAUGAGUUCUGAUGAUACAGAAACCACACCUAGCAGAUCUAUGCCAUAUGACCCCUAUGCUGAACAGGUCAAUAGUGGCCCACCCAGUAGCUCAUUUAUGCAGAGCAAAGAGUACUCACAACGCAAUGAAGAUUGGACAAGUGUGCAAAGAACAAGUGUGGAACCAGCCUGUACUCUGUCUGUCCCAACUAAUGGAGGUCUGUCCAUCUCUUGCCCACAGCAAUCCUCCACAUUUCCAGCUACAAUUAGUAUGGGACAUGACUCCUUGCCUUCUACACCCAAGAGCGACUCAGAGCUGCUGGUCAGUCAGAUGGCCAAGGGGAAGGCAGAGAACCCUGAGAUGCUGUGGGCCUGGGGGGAACUCCCUCAGGCUGCCAAGUGUGAGAAGAAGCUGCUUCACCAGAAGCCCAUAUUCAAGCAGUCCCUCACAGAGCCCAUGCUGGUGACUCCAGCAUCGAUCCCCAUGUCAGACAGCAUGCACUUUCAUGCAAUCACAGGAGUUGGAAAAGUGGAAAAAGUGGAGGAAAAGCCUCCAGUACUCAGAGCCGAAGAGGCAGGAGGUCCAGUAUCUGUUCUCGCUCCAUCUGUGGAGGUGGAAGUGAUUGGUGCAGCAGCUCACUUUAUUGCUGAUCUGGAGGAUGAACUGCAGAGACCUGGGGUCCAGGUCCACAGUAAAACUGACUCUCUGUCAAAAAGAAAAGACAAAAGAAGUCAUCAUCUUGGAUCAGAUGGUGUGUAUUUGGAUGACCUUACAGCACUGGAGCCUGAGGUCGCAGCACUCUAUUUUCCAAAGAAUGAUAGCACAGGGUUAGUUAGGGGUAGGACAGAGAGGAGUACCAAUCAGUCACCUCAAUCAGUGGGAAGCAGUGGCAUGGACAGCGGAGUGGACAGCUUUUCUGAUCAAUCAGGAGAGGUGCCCAGUAUUGCCAUCUCUUUGUGUGGAGGAUUGACAGAGAACCGAGACAUCACUCAAGAGGAGUUUGAGGAAAAAGCAGUAUCCUAUCAGGAGUUUGCUAAUAAUCCAUCAAUUAUUGAUGACCCCAAUCUGGUUGUAAAGAUUGGAGCUAAGUAUUAUAACUGGAGUACAGCGGCUCCUCUUGUGCUGGCUAUGCAGGUGUUCCAGAAACCCUUGCCAAAGGCUGCAUUGGAGAAUAUUGUGAAGGAGAAAAUGCCCAAGAAAGGAGGACGUUGGUGGUUCUCAUGGCGGGGGAGAAACAGCAGCUCCAAGUCGGAAUCUGCUGAAAGUGGGGAACAGAUACGAAGCAAUAGGUUAAAGGAUGAAUCCUCCUCAAGUGAUGAUGACAGCAGACCUGCUAAGCAGAAUUCAGCAUGUAGUCAGCCAGAGCCUGUCACCAGCUCCAGCAGUGUCUGCUACAAGAAGACUCUCCGUCUGUCCUCAGAAGAACUGGCCAGUCUGCAGUUAAAAGAGGGCCCCAAUGAUGUGGUAUUCAGCGUGACUACUCAGUACCAGGGCACCUGUCGUUGUGAGGGCACCAUAUAUCUGUGGAGCUGGGAUGAUAAGAUUGUAAUUUCAGAUAUUGAUGGCACAAUCACCAGGUCAGAUACCCUUGGACACAUUUUGCCAACAUUAGGCAAAGAUUGGACCCAUCAAGGUAUUGCCCGCCUCUACCACAAAGUUAGCCAGAAUGGCUAUAAGUUCAUGUAUUGCUCUGCACGAGCAAUUGGUAUGGCUGAUAUGACAAGAGGCUACUUGCACUGGGUAAAUGAGAGAGGCACCAUGCUACCUCAGGGCCCUGUUCUCCUCAGUCCUAGCAGCCUGUUCUCUGUACUACACAGAGAGGUCAUUGAGAAAAAGCCAGAAAAGUUCAAAAUUGAGUGCCUGACUGACAUCAAGAACCUUUUCUAUCCAAACACUGAGCCCUUCUAUGCUGCUUUUGGAAACCGAGCAACUGACGUAUAUUCAUAUAAGGAGGUAGGAGUGCCACUGAACAGGAUCUUCACUGUGAACCCGAAAGGAGAACUCAUUCAAGAACAUGCUAAGACCAACAUAUCAUCAUACGGGCGUCUGUGUGAGGUGGUUGAUCAUAUCUUUCCAUUGCUGAUUAGAGGCAAUACAUCCGACUUCCCAUGCUCAGACACCUACAGCCAGUUCACCUACUGGAGAGAGCAGCUACCAGAGCUAGACAAGAACGAUCAGGAGGUGGAAAACAGCUGAGGAGAUUGACAUGCAGCCACAGGUUUCCCUUGCUGAAAAAUAGCACAUUUCUAUCACAAUCUUUUCAUAUUGGUCGUUUCAUACACUAGUAAUGUUUUAGCUAGCAUGUAACAUUUGGUUUAUACUCAUAGUUCUGUUGGUAUCACCAUCUAUCAGUAGUUUCAAAAUGUUUCAAUUGUCCAUUUUCUAUGCUACAGGUACAGUACAGUAGCAAUUCUGUUAUUCUGCUGUGUCCAUUAAUCAAGAAAUUGUAUUGUCAAUUUUAAUUUGUGUUUUGUCAAAGCAUGUUGCCCAUAGUGAAAAUUAAGACUUGGAUAAUUUCUUCUAUCUCAAUAGCAAUAAGACUGAGCUCAUCUCUGGAACUAUAUUGAACAGAGCUAAACCCAUAGCCCUUCACAUUGGCCUUUUCUGUUUUAUAUGCACCUCUGUCUCACCUGCAUCCUCUCACCUUCUACCCAUGUCUGAUAUUAUUAGAAUAGAUUGCACUUCAUAUGAGGAAAAUGGGUUGUACAUCUUGUAAAUGUGUAAUAUUUAAAAUUCUAAGUAACACUUUGUACAGAUCUUACUGACUUGCGUAAAGAGAAUGUUGUAAGUCUGUGGUACUCUCUCAGGUCUAACACCUUUAAUAUUUAGUUCAGUACUUGCAGUAUAUCCAAACCACACAACUUAGAUAUACAACACUUGUGCCUGAUUGAAAAUCUUCAGAAACAAAUGUAAAGAUAUUCCAUAUUAUAAUUGUGCAUCUUUUGUCUUCUUGUUUUUACUGAAUAUAGAAUAUCUUCAGAAUAUAAAAUACAUGAAACAUCAAAGUUACAAAACUAGUUGUAAGUAAUAAUCUACAUCGCAUUCCUUUAUAUGUAUCUGUAUUCUUUUACAAGUUUCCCAUCCCCCAACUCCAUCCAUCCAUUAUCUAUGCCACUCUGUCAGGGUCGUGGGGGAAGCUGGAGCCAAUCCCAGCUGACGUCGGGUGAGGGGUGGGGUUCACCCUGGGCAGGUCACCAAUCUAUCACAGGGCUACACAGAAACGAACAGCCAUCACACUCAUAUUCACACCUAUUAGGGAUUUAGAAGAGCCCGCUGAUCAAAUCCACACGUCUUUGGACUAUGGGAGGAAGCCAGAGCACUCCGAGGAAACCCACACAGGCAAACGCACAAGGAGAACAUGCAAACUCCACACAGAAAGACCCCAGUCAGUCAUGAAGUUCGAACCAACAACCUUUUUGCUGUGAGGCGACAGUGCCACCCCAUCCCCUAACUCAAUAAACUUAACAUACAAACAUGCAAUAGGAAGGUACUUGAGGAUAACUCGGGGCCACAAUGUUUCCCUAGCUUUUUUUCUAGUCACAUGUAAGGUAUCUGGUGGUAUGGUGGUGUAUUACUGCCUCACAGUUUCAGGGUCCCUGGUUUGAUCCUGAGGUCAGAUUAUGGCCCUUUUCCACUACCCUUUUUCAGCUCACUUCAGCUCGCUUCAGCUCACUUCAGCUCGCUUCAGCUCACUUCAGCCCGACACGGCUCGCGUUUCGACUACCAAAAAACAGCACGACUCGGCUCGCUUCAGCCCUGCUUAGCCCCUAAAACUCGCACCGUUUUGGAGUGGGGCUGAAGCGAGCCAAACCGUGCCGAGUGAGGCUGGGGGCGUGAGCAGACACUCCCCUGUGCACUGAUUGGUGAGGAGGAGUGUCCUCACAUGCCCACACACGCCCCGCGAGCACGCUGGGAUCUGUAAACACCGCAAACCCGGAAGAAGGAGAAUUACGAGAAUUAUGAAGCCUUAUGCGCCUCGCUUCAUCUAUACGCUCUUGCCAGUAUCUGUUGGCGUUGUCGGUGACAACAAGCCACAGAACCAAGACCAGCAGCACUAACGACUCCAUGUCCUCCAUGUUUAUUGUUUACUAUCCGGGUCGUGAGACUACCGCUUAAAAGCUCACUGAUGUCACUGUUUGCGCUGCUUAACGACAUCACGUGACGUCCACCCACUUUCGCUAACUCCACCCAAUGUGUCCACCCACUUCCAGCCAGCACGGUUCAGCGCGGUUGUAGUCGAAAUGCAACUCCAACAGCCCCACUCAGCUCGACUCAGCACGGCACGGCUCAGCCCGACUCAGCUGCGUUUGUAGUGGAAAAGCGGCAUUAGUUUCUGUGGAUGCUCUCCCUGGGUUCAUGUGGGCUUACUCUAGUUGGUUACUCUGGGGUUUCUCUGGUUUCCUCCCACCUCCAGUAAGUGGAUUGGCUACAAUCACUUGCCCUCGGUGUCAGUGUGUGUCGAUGAUGCCCUGCAGUGGAUUGGUGUUCCAUUUAGGGUGCUCUGAAUCCACUACAACUCUGACCAGGAUAAAGUGCUUACUGGAAAUGAAUGAAUGUAAAGAUUCUUCAUAUUGAUCAGGCUGUCAAAUCUACUUUAGCAUUUUACAUAUGAGAUGUUUUAUAUUAAUAUGAAUAAGAGUGAAGAUGUUUUGUAAAAAAAAAAGUUACAUUUUGCUAAAAAGUGUUAAUUUCACCUGUUUAUGAAGACUGUUGGCGUACCCUGUAUUUUUUUUAUUUGAAAAAUUAGUGUUGUGACAGAGGUGUGUGCUCCUACCACAUGUGAUUGUACAUUUUAAAGCUAGGCCUUUCGAUUUCAUAAAAUCAAUGAAAUUUAGUUCCCUCUGAAAUUUGGUCAUUGUGAUAUAUGUUUAUUUCUGCAAUAUUAAAAAAGGCCAUUCUAUGGCUGGGAAGUUAUUUAAUUUGAGGGGAUUCCCUAGCAAAUAAUGUGCAUCAAAUCGCUCGCUUCGUGCAGUCAGGCAGACAGAGGAAGUCCGUGUGCACAUGCACAGGUUUACCUUCGUCUUCUUUUUCUUCUUCUUCUUUUGGGUUUUAUGGCAGCUUGCAUCCAGUGUUACAUUAUUGCCAUCUACAGGCUUACCUUGACUAUGCACUGACAGUUACAUCAUUCUGUCGCUAAACAAACAGCUGAUCAUACCGAGGUGCUUGCUGACUGCUGAUAUUUAUAGUUUGGUCCUGCACUUCCUUUCCUUCACAACAUAACAUCUUUUCUUCUCGCUUUUCGUUACUGUAGUCGGUCUUUCACAUUUCAUUCGCACACUCAUGUCCUCCAUUUUUCUCUCCUGUUUCAAAUUUGUAUCCCACAAUGCCUUGUGUGAAUGGGGAAAGCUCACCACAUGAUGCAUGACAUAUUAUCUUGAAUGGGGUCAUGGUGAAGCAGGAAAAAAAUAGAGGAGAAUUUAGGGCCAUGUGGCCCUAAAUUCAUUAAUUGCUCUAUUUAAAUAAUAAUAAUAAUAAUAAUAAUAAUAAUAAUAAUAAUAAUAAUAAUAAUAAUAAUAAAAUUGGAAGUCUGUGAUUCGAAUUCAGUAGCUUUCAGUCCACUAAACAAAAAUAAUUGGAUGUCAGGGAAAAAUAUUUUUAUGAUCUACACUUUAAAAAUCUGAAAAGCAGUUGACUUUUAAACAUGUUAAAUGAACAAUAUUUUAUUAUUUUGGUUAAAUAAGGAAAUAAUGAUUUUGUGUGGUAGGUAAAGUCUCAGAAAGUGUGUUGUGUUAAUACUACACUGCUUAAUGUAGUGUACAUGGAAUUAUUAUUUUUGUUACACCAGUUAUUAUGGUUGUCCAUGCAUAAAGUAUUUAUAGAUGUUUAAAUGAACAAAAGAUAUUGUAAAUUAACAACUGCCCCCCCCCCAAAAAAAAAAAAAUUCUUAUUUUCUUUCGUGAUCAGAAAAAAACUGAAUUUUGCCUGUAUGGUGUUGCACAAUGUUAAGAUGAAAAUUUAACAGAUUUUGAGGGACAAAGAUUUUUAUUCGAGUCAGAAAAUUUAAUGUAUUCUUUUUAUCAUGUUGAAAGUAGACCACUAAAAACAUUAUACUGAAGGAUGAAACUGAAAACUGUAAGUGUGAUCUGUGUCAGAGUAUUUCCUUUUGACUAGGUUUCUUUUCAUUUCAGUUACAACACUGGAUUCAGAUACUGUGUUCUUAAAGGAGAUAUGCAGAACCUUUAUUUUUAAAUACAUUUCUGAGUGGAUAGUAUCUCCAUCCUUGAUUCUUGUAUGCUGCAUAAUUGGGAAUAAAAUAUAUAUAUAUUUUUGAGAGUUAAAAUCAACCGCAAAGUUGGCAUUCGAGCUGCCCCACUGAGCCAGCCAGCCCUGAGUGCAUGACAUCACAGCAGGAACCGGUGCUAUAGACCAAAGCUAGACUCAGCAGGGCCACUUCGUUUGGAUUUAUUGGAGAUUCUUCAGAUUCGUCAGAUAGUAAUACAUCUAACUGUGAUAGUCCUGAAAUUGAAGUGUGUGUAUAUGCUACUGCUAUACACGUAGAAUCGUAUCAAUUCAAACCAUCGGAAAGUGAAUCCGAUAGUAGCACGUCGGCCAUGGAGGCCCCCACCUUACGAAAUAAAGCCAGAGAACAAAGCCGUCUAGAAAAUUGGAUGGAAUUGAACUGACAGUCUCAUGUGACUCUCAUUAAAACAGGAUAGGCGGUAUAACUUAUGCAACAUACAUGUACAUGCACGCAUUUUCACUGAUAAAAUGUAAAAGGCUAAUUAAAUAAUUAAAUAAUCAGACGAACUGAGACCAUCACAUUCUGAAGCAAAUUAAAUAAUCUUAUACCGGUAACUUAAAUACACAAUACAAGUUACAUGUAUUAAUCUAAAUGCAGGUAAACAACAAGUGUUGUUGUUUUUGUUGUUAUGUAACCAAAUUAGAGUCGCAUCUUACCCAUCGAUGUUCUCGCUUCUUGAAGGCGGAUCUUGUGACCGAUUGUUUUGAAACAAUCUGACUUUCAGUUCUUCGUUCAGUUCUUCGUUCAUUCACUUCUUCCACGUAAGGGCAAGAUAUUGCUGCUGAGGCAAGUAUAUCCAGUGUGUGUGUGGGUUGGGGGGAGCAUAUCCAGUGGAGAAAUCUGACAACUGGUCCACUCGUUCUCCAUUUUCUCCAUACUGAGUACUCCGCCAUUACUGCUUGGCUCACACUCCGGGAGAACUGGUGCAACUGAACUUGCUUUCCUUUUCUUGUAGUUUUCCUUUAAUUGUUGAUAUUGCACCCUCUUUCAAUACAGGCUUACAGCCAACGCUCCUCAAAAGAUCAGAGGUUUCGUACGAGUCCUCAGUAAAAUGUGCAGAGCAGAGGAGAGACCACUUUGUAGGUGCCCAAUCCAUGAAUUUCUCACAAAACGCAUCCAAAUGUUUGCAGUUUGAACAUUCUUGGGCCAUGAAUGCAACAUAAAUCCACCUUCUGUUGUGUUGCUGCACCCGCCAACAACACAUCUACGUGGCAUGGCGAUAAAUUAGCUCAAAAUGGAGGAUCGAAUUUGCAGUUAGCUCUGUGUUUUAGUAUAACGGAAAUGGCGAUGAGACCGAUAGCCUUCCUGCUGUGAUGUCACAGAUGUCAAGGUCAUUCACUCAGACCGCUACCUAUAUGAAUCACUUUAAUUGUAAAAAUUACUAUAUUAGAUUUAUUGUUGAUGCUUAAAACUAUUCCUUUGCUAUUCUUGAGGUCUCAAGGCAUACAGGAUAUAAACAAAAAGUGAGGCCAUGGUUCUGCGUAUCUCCUUUAAACAGUGAUCAGACUCUGGCUACUGGCAUCUCAGUCUGUGUCAACUUGAUAUUCUUUCUGUGAAAGAUCACCAGAGUUGUGGCAAGUGGGUUUCUGUUUGGAUUUAUUGUGAUAAGAUGCAAAUGAUGUGAAUACGAGAGAAAAUAUGGAUCUGUAUAUUAAAAUCUGAU